CUAAAGGAACGCUGAGCUGGGCUCAUUCAUCCGACUUACAUCUGAGACCUGAAGUUAAUCUUUUUUUAUUGGUUUCUAAUAACUAUUGUCUCGGUACUUUAGAUACUUCACGUUUUAAUCACAGUCGUCUUGUUCAAAAUUUCAGUUGCUGCUGUUGGCUUGGGUUGGUUUGUGUCAGUGUUUUCUCUAAGUUUUUUCACCGAUAACUCUCAAUACUGCAACUGUGAAGUUUGAUUCCACAAGGCAUAAGCAUUACCCUGAAGACUUCAGUGUACGAAAGAUGGCGGACAAGACGAAGCCUGCAUCGACAAAUUCAUUGUCAUUUACAAUUGAUAGCAUCCUAAGUAGCGAAUCAAAAUCCUCAUCUCCACCUCAAGAUGUUCCAGGGAACGCACAUGUAUCGAAUGGGGCUCUGACGCUUGCAGAGAGAUUGGCAGACAUCAUCCUUGAGGUGCACUAUGGAUCCGCACGUGGUAAACAGAGACGCACGCGCACAGCUUUUACCCAUCAUCAGCUGCAGAUCCUGGAGAACACGUUCACUAAGACUCAUUAUCCUGAUAUAGUCAUGCGAGAAAGACUGGCGGCCUUCACACAUCUGCCUGAGGCACGCAUACAGGUGUGGUUCAAAAACCGUAGAGCAAAGUACAGAAAACAGGAAAAAGAAACCCGCAAAACAAGAAAAWCGAUGAAAAAAUCGAGCGCCAAAAUUCAGGAGCCUGGUGAUAAACCUAACAGUAAAUCCGCUGACCAGAUAAAGGGAGCCCAGCCUUUACCUCCAAGUAUAGUGUUUCCUUCAGCGUCGAGUGAAUCAGCCACCCACUCAAGACAAGAAUCGAACUAUAAGGAUACUACUAGUGAAACAAUGACAAGUAGUCCGGGUGUUAAACCUCUGCCAUCCAUUACUCUACCUUCACUUCCUGGUAGCGAGAUGAUGUGUUUUUGUGCGUGCGGUGUAAACUCAAAGGACAGUGCACAUGCGCACUUGGGUCAGGAGGUUUCUUGCAUCGAUACAGAAAAGGGAAUUCAUGAAUCAAGAAAUAUUUUAAAUGGACAGAAAUGGCCAGUCUUGCCAUUUUCCUCGAGUGUUGACUUAUGGCGGUUAAAAGCAGCCAUGGAUGCCGAAUAUCUGUGCGCGAAUGAUGCUCGGUUUUUUACAUAUUAAAAACUAAAUAUAUACUAGUGAGAUAAUAUUAAUAAGUAAUAAUAAUAGAAAAAAUGGUAGUUUACCUUGCUAAUCUUAGGAGACUGACGGGCGUAUGUAUAAGCACUGUUAUCUUCCGAUAAAAUUAUCUAUAAAAUUAUAACGAAACACAGUCAAUCCUAAAAAUUAAAAGGGGAACUCAUUUUUUCUUUGGAUUAUCUGUUUCAUUUAUACGUAUAUAAAACUCAGCUUAAUCCAAAAGAAUAAACUUCACAGAUAGAAAGAGAGAUAAAGACAAAUUCAAAUCCAUGUAAGCGGACGAUUAUUAGCUGUAGAAAAUGGGCGUUUGCGCAAAUAGGUAUCGGGACAAACAUUGGAAGGCAUCAGGUAGAAGGGAGACAAUUAUUUAUACAACCCCCACCCCCUGAAAUAUUAAACGUUUAGGUUUAAACGAAUUAAUAGGUUUCAUUUGCUACAUUUAAAAUUCAAAUUAUAGAUUAUGUAAACUAUGUUUCAUCAUUGGAAGAUAAAACAAGUCAUUUAGAUAUUUACAGCCUGCCAUGGCAAUUCGACUAGA